UUACUCCAUUAAAAUCUUUACUUUUGCUUUGCGUUUGGUCAGUGUACACCGCAUGGCAAUUUAUAUCGAACAAUGUUGUUCGCUAUCCUAGUGUAACGGAAUGUGCAAGUCUUUACCUAAAGCUGAAGAGGUGAAUACAGACACAAUGUCAGACGAAGAAGAUAUGAUACUGGACCAAGUAAAGAGGGACAAUAAUCACUUCAAGGGUUUGUUGGACCUGAUCCCUCCUCAAAGCUAUUUCAGUCAAGAGGAAAAAGAUGAAAUCUGGGGAAACAACACUGAUACAGGGGACUCCAAUGAAGCUGGGUUUGGAUCCAAAAAGAAAAAGCAGCACAACAGAAAGAAAAGUGGAGCAGUCUCUCUUUCAUCCCUUACGGUGACCCAGAUUACAGAGCUGAGACAGAAAGGACUGACUGUUGGGUCCACAAAGAGAAAUGAGGUUGGCACGGAGCAGUCUUCUGAUGCGUCUGGUCCAGGCUCUUCUAUUGCUGCCAAACACGAAGGCAAAAAACAGAGUCGUACCCAGAAAAAUAAGAAAAACAAAGGCAAAGAAAUGCAGCGUCGGGAAAACAGGCUGGAGGAGCUGAAGCAGAAACUGCAAGUCAAACUGGAGGAGAUGAAAGCUCGUAAAAGUGCUGGGAACCCUGUCAACGCACAAGAGCAGAAGAAACUGAAACGACAGGAGAAGAAAGUCAACUCAAAGUUGAAACAGAAGAACAAGAACCACAAGGUGGAGCCACAGGGUAACAAGUUAGCCGACGGUCUGAGGUCCCCACCCCAGAACAAAAUCCUCAAUGAGAACGGGGAUCCCGUCAAGUCCAAGUUUGACUUCUCCGUCAUAUCCUUUGGCAACGACAAGUCGAAGUCAAAUGACCUGCAAGGGCGGGAUUACAAGAGACUCCUAGAGAAAGUGGAGCGUCGUAAAGAGAAAGUGGAGAAGUUGAAGGAAAAGGACUUGGAGGCGGGGAAGAAGCUAGAGGAGAAGAUUCAGUGGCAGACAGUGAUGAGCAAGGCGCAGGGUGAGAAGGUGAAGGACGAUCCAACCUUGCUGAAAAAGGCGGCGAAGAAGAAGGAUAAGAUUAAGGAGAAAAAGAAGAGGAAGUGGGGCGACAGGGCGAAGACGGUGGAGGAGCAGCAGAAGAAGAAACAGGACAGACGGCAGGCAAAUCUUGACAAGAGGAAGUCAGACAAUAAAGACAAGAAGAGGAAGAAGAUGAUCAAGAAAGGCAGGAUAAUUCCUGGAUUCUAGGCAGUUUGUUGAGCCACUUUGUUGUGGGGUUGUGGUCUCAUGUACAUCUUGUAGUUAUAUAAGUUAUGUGUCUUGUGGAGUCUUCUUCUUCUCGUUCAUCUCUAAAUGGGCAUCCCAGUCACUAGUGCGAAGGCUGCUGUUCGCCGCAGGUCUUCCAAGCUCCUAUAGAGUUUUGGAUCUGUCUGCCUAGGGUUGGACCAAUGUUUACUUUAAAGUGCCUGGGGCAUUUGGCAGGCUUGUAGCGGAUGGUUUUCUGUUUGUUUGCCGGUUUCGCACCGAUGCUGCCCUGAGUUGCUGAUCCUGGACUUGUUUCUUGGAGGGAAUUCUCCUCUCACUGUGCGAGAUUCAGUGGUUUUGUAUCAGUUUGACAUGAGUUUUGUGCUACUGAUAGAUUUAAGCUGACACUGUGCAAGAGGAAAGUAUCAGUGUAGGUUUUUUCGGAGUAGAAAUGUAAUGUUCAAGUGCAGCUCGAGAGAAGUCUUUGCAGAAUUGGCCACCACGAGGACAACAUGUGUCUGCUCUCUAUGUCGUUGCCAGUCCAUGUUGGAUUAAUUUAUUCCAGCAGAAGAUAACAAUUUUUAAAGUUUUUAGAUGAUUUAAUUUCCACAAAUAUUUCAAAUUUGUGAGAUGUAAUGGGCAAAGUUUCCUAACGAGGUUUGUGAAAUGAGUGACCAGCUUUAGCCGUUGUUACUUACAGAGACUGAGUGGUUGUUUUCUCUUUAUCCUUUUCACACUUUGCCAUCACAAGGCUCAUUUAGUAAAAACGCUUGCCAUCAAAGGCAAAUGCCUGGGUGGUUGGCGGGUGC